UGUAUUGAAUUUUCGCAAUAGUAGACCGCGGCAACAGCGGCUUAUCAAUUAGUUAUUUACUUCAAAGUUUGCCAACAUUGUAAACAAAAGGUACAAAAUCGUAGCAAAUAAUGUCUUCAUUAGGAGAUUCGGUUGGUUAUCUAAUUUUUGGCAAUCCAAUUAGCCAAGCGCUACUAUCGACUGCGGCGGAUGUGAUUAAAAGCACUGAAGCGCUUUUGCCACGCAAAUUGCCGGCACCGAAGGCAACUUUAUCUGCGCCUCCACCACCACCUGUGCGCUUACCAUUGUGGGAGUUGGCUGGCAGGCAAUACAACUUCGUACGUCUAGCGGGUUUAUGUGGCGCAAGUGCUGUGAUUAUGGGUGCCUAUGGCAAACAUAUUUUUGCAAAAUUUCCCAAUUCAGAAGAUAAAACAGAGUCUAGGACGGUUUUUGAAACAGCGAAUCGUUUCCAUUUUCUUCAUUCAUUUGCACUUUUAGCAAUGCCGCUGGUGCGCAAACCGUUAUUGACCGGCUCCUUGAUGGCCGUGGGCACUAUACUGUUUAGCGGUGUACUCUACCAUCGCGCUUUGACUGGCGACAGAACUUACAUACCGGUGGCAACAUGUGGUGGCUUUUGCCUUAUCGUGGCUUGGCUUUCGCUAAUCUUUUAAGGCCAUGUAUUGUUGAUUGAUACCAUUUAUUUAUUGUCGUUUGUUACAUAUACGCUAGUAUGCAAACAAUAAAUGUAUAUUUACUUAUCUACCCAUGCAAUUGUGAGCGAUGGAAAAUCACAAAAACAAAGAGAAUUAAUUACUUAUAGAGAUUGCAUAUCGUUUUAGCAUUAGUUGUUAAGAUUUUCGAAUAAAUCAUUUAUUUAUGGCAAAGUUCUUUAAAUAAAUCGUUUUAGUGUACUUAUUACAACUAAUUAAUUAAUUAAUUUAUUUAUUUAACGCUGUAAACUUUGCAUCGCGCACAAUAGUAUGGCUGCAUAGCGUAAAUUACAUUUAUUUAAUAAUUUUUUUGGAAUCUUUGAGUUUAUUAUUUUUUUAUUUAAUUCUUUCUUAUCACUACAUAUAAUUUCAUUUGCAAUUUGAAUUAAGUAAAUUAUAUAAAUGCAUUUUGCAUUUUGUAAAUAUUUAUUAUAGCAUUAUAUAUUUAUGUAUCUACAUAUAUCUAACGUUUAUAACUAGUACUGAUAUAAUCAGUGUUUACUGGAAGAAUCAAUGUCGUUAAUAGUUGUAAAUUAUUACUAAAGCUAUGUAUGAAUUUUAAAUGCAUACUCAAAACUACAUAAUUUUCAUUGAUUUGCGGCUGCGCACACAUUACAAUCUCUUUAACAGUAAUAAAUCUAAAAUACAACAUUAUAUAAAA